AUGGUCGAUCUACCGGCCGGUACCGGUCAUGAUUUUGUUGACCGGUUGCAUCUCUGCCUGUAUUCGAAUGAUGCUAAACCAUCCGUUCUUUCAACAAAUAAACAUUUGAUUUUAUAUAAAAACAAUCAAAUUGAACCUAUAUCAACAGAUGAAAAUCCACUAUCGUUGAAAAUGGCUCGUCAUAUACCUUUAAUGGGUAUUCAAGCAUUAAUGAAACGGACAACAAGAUCGCAUCUUACAAAUUCUGUGCAUACUAAAUCGAUAACAACAAUAAAACAAGAACAAUUUAUAAAUGAGAUACAACCAUUGGACGAUGAUAAUUAUGACAUGACUGUGUUACAAGUAAACAAAUAUAAUCAAUCAGAAGAUGAUGAUUUACCAACCAGUAGUCAAAAAAAGAAAAUACCUCGAUGGGCCAGAAAAAACGAGUUGCAAGUAGAAAUAAUCAAUCAAGUUUAUUUUAAUCGAAAUCCAAGUGAAAUUUUUGGUCAAUGUUCAAAAUCUCGAUUAGAAACAAUGUUAGACUCGUUGAUAACCAAUAUUGAUAAUAAUAAUAACAAUUUUAUAAGAACAAACGAACAAAAAAAUUGA